CCAAUGGCUUCCAAGCCCUCAGUCUCCAAAUCUCUUCUCCUACUCUUCAAUCUCAUCUUCUUCACCUUCCUCUCUUCCACCACUGCCACCAACUGCCCUAUAGAUGCCCUAAAGCUAGGUGUUUGUGUGGACCUUCUUCAAGGCUUGCUGAGCCUUCGCAUCCCUUCAAAGGAAGGCUGCUGCCCUCUCAUUAAUGGUCUUGCUGACCUUGAUGCUGCUGCCUGCCUUUGCACCACCAUCAAGGUUAAUCUCUUGAAUGUCAUCAACCUCACUCUUCCCAUUGAUCUCUCCUUACUCCUCAACUACUGUAGUGGAAAUGCUGCUUCGGGCUUCAAGUGCUCUUAA